GGUACAUGCAGUCUAGAUCGAGGAUGUCAGACCAUUCCUGCUGUUAGUGCCGGAGCUGUACCCGUAUACCCCAGGCGCAGAGCACACUGACAGCUUAGGACCCCCCCUCCCACCCCAGUCUGCUUCCAGAGGGUCUCCUCUCGCAGGGACAGAAACCCACCAUGGAUUUUCAAGUUGAUUCCUACGUGGGGAAGGAGAAAUCCUCAAUCAUGCGGAAAAGAGCGGCUCUGCUGAGGAAAGGCUGCAGCUUCGAGAUACAAAGAGCCACAGCCUCCCCCGUCAGUUCUGUUUCGGAAGACCUGGGCUGUAGACGGGGAGAAUUCAGCAGGAAACACUAUGGGUCGGUGGAACUGCUCAUUUCAAGUGAUGCCGAUGGGGCUAUUCAAAGAGCUGGAAGAUUUCGUGUGGAGAACGGAUCUUCAGAUGAGAAUGUUGACUACACCCCGGGAACUUGGAGAAGAACCGACGUACAUUUAGAAAACCCCGAAUAUCACACCAGAUGGUAUUUCAAAUAUUUUCUCGGCAAAGUCCAUCAAAACUACAUUGGAACCGAUGCUGAAAAGAACCCCUUUUUUCUCUCAGUGGUACUUUCCGACCAAAACAAUCAGCGGGUCCCUCAAUACCGCGCAAUUCUAUGGCGGAAGACAGGUACACAAAAAAUAUGCCUCCCAUACUGCCCUACAAAAACGUUAUCCGUGAAAUCUAUACUAAGUGCCAUGAAUCUUGACAGAUUUGAAAAAAGCCCCAGGGAAAUUCUUAACCCAGAGAUCCAAAAGGACCUGCUGGUUUUAGAAGAACAAGAAGGUUCUGUGAAUUUUAAGUUUGGAGUUCUAUAUGCCAAAGACGGUCAGCUUACGGAUGAUGAAAUGUUCAGUAACGAAGUCGGGAGUGAAAGCUUCCAAAAAUUAUUGACCUUGCUUGGAGACACCAUCACGUUAAAAAGCUGGGUCGGCUACCGAGGAGGACUAGACACCAAAAACGACACAACAGGAAUACAUUCCGUCUACACCGUUUACCAGGGCCAUGAGAUCAUGUUCCACGUCUCAACAAUGUUACCUUACUCGAAAGACAACAGACAACAGGUAGAAAGGAAACGUCACAUCGGGAAUGACAUAGUAACCAUAGUCUUCCAGGAAGGAGAAGAAUCGUCCCCGUCUUUCAAACCAUCCAUGAUUCGUUCUCACUUUACACAUAUUUUUGCCUUAGUGAGGUAUAAUAAACAGAAUGACAGUUAUAGGCUGAAGAUAUUUUCGGAAGAAAGCGUACCUCUGUUUGGGCCCCCCCUCCCGUCGCCUCCUGUCUUUACGGAUCACCAAGAAUUCAGGGAUUUUGUUCUAGUUAAAUUAAUAAACGGCGAGAAAGCCACGUUGGAGACGCCAACCUUCGCCCAGAAAAGGCAGAGGACUCUGGAUAUGCUCAUCCGUUCUCUCUAUCAGGAUCUGAUGCCCGAUUUGCAUAAGAACAUGCUCAACAGACGGUCUUUCAGCGACGUGCUGCCAGAAUCGCCCAAAUCCGCCAGAAAAAAGGAGGAGGCUCGUCAGGCGGAGUUUGUCCGAAUCGGCCAGGCAUUGAAGCUGAAGACCAUCGUCAGAGGGGACGCUCCGACAAGUCUGGCCACGACAGGUCUAUGUCGGAAAGAGCCGUGGGAAUCCCAGUGUUUCUGUAGCAACUUUCCUCAUGAGGCAAUCGGAGGCGACUCGUGGGGUCAGUCUUUGCUCGUUUCCACGGAUGCCGGGGUCUUACUAAUAGAUGAAGGACAGCCGUCGAUUCCGGUCUUCGAUAAAACUCUUCAGGUCAAGCAGAUCCAAGUGCUGGAAACCCUGGAUCUUCUCAUCACCCGAGCGGACAAAGGAAAGGAUGCUCGGCUGUACGUCUUCAGACUCAGCUCCAUCAGAAAAGGGCUGGAAGACAAACAGGCGAUGAAGACCAAGUACGAGUGCAGAGAAAAUAAGCUUGAAAAGACAAAAGGGUGCCACAUGUACGCUACCAACACCCACCACAGCAGCGAGCUGAGAAUCGUCGUGGCCAUAAGGAACAAACUGCUGCUGAUAACCCGGAAACACAACCCACUCAACUCGUUUACCGGCAUCCCCGUCAACUCGCCUUCUACUGACUCGCCGGUGGAGGAAUUCCAGUACAUCAGGGAGAUUUGUCUGUCGGACCCUCCAGUCGUGAUGACCCUGGUGGACGGGCCAACUGGAGAUAAUGACAACAUGAUUUGCGUCGCGUACAAACACCAGUUCGACUUGGUGAACGAGAGCACGGGAGAGUCCUGCCGACUGCAUCACGUGGAUGCGAGUAGGGUUCAUUUUGUUGCAGCUAUUGAUGUGUACGAAGACGGGGAAGCCGGGUUACUGCUCUGCUAUAACUAUAUUUGCUACUACAAGAAGGUGAGUCCAUUCAACGGCGGCUCCCCUCUGAUCCAGCCGUCGGCAUCCGACUUCCAUUUCAGCUGGAACCAAGUUCCUAACUCCGUUGUCUGUGCGUUCCCGUACAUCUUGGCUUUCACUACGGACUCCAUAGAAAUCAGAUUGGUGGUCAAUGGCAAUUUGGUCCACACCGCCGUUGUUCCCGAACUGCAGCUUGUGGCGUCCAGGUCAGAUAUUUAUUUUAAAGCGACAGCCGCCGUCAUAUCGUCAUCCAACAGCAGUUCAAAGGACACCAGCUCUCAUAGCUCCCCGCAGACCCCCACGGGCUACGACCUGCCGCCAUUUCCCUCGUCUCCGGCAGAAGGCGAGGUGCAGUCCAAGAAUAUUUACAAGAUUCCUCUGAGCAACUUGGUCGGAAGAAGCAUCGAGCGACCUUUAAAGUCACCGUUAGUCCCCAAGGUCAUCACAACCCCGACGUCCGCCAGCAUCGCCUGCAUCCCCGUUACGCACUCGCUGUCCUUAUCCCGCAUGGAGAUCAAAGAGAUAGCGAGCAGGACUAGGAAAGAAUUAUUAGGCCUGUCCGGAGAGCCCACGUCCAAAUCUGAAUCGUACCAUAAACAGAAGAAGCUCGCUAGGAAGCAGGCGGAAGAAGAAUCAAAACAGGAAGCCGUGAGAUCAACAAGUACCGACAGGAUACAUUCAGGCUCUUUCGAAAGCAGUUCUGAAGGACAGCGCCACUAUUCCACCAGUUUCGAUCCAGACACUAAUAUCAGCGUGGAGGAAAGCCCAAUUUUUAACAGCAGCAGCAGCCCCUUUCAAGUGGUUCCUUCAUUCGACGAGGACAUUGUUGACCUAAAGUGAAGACAAUCUCAGUAACCCCCCCUGUCCUUAUAUAUCCCCUCCCUCUCUAACAAAUGUCGAGGCUCUGUAGGAAUGUCACAAUACAGCACGUUGCUAUCAGAUGGAGAUUAGAAUGUCCGAGACUCGCCACCGGAUAGUAGGAAGUCGCUAGAGUUCCAGGUCUAGAACACUCUAAAUUUAUUGAUCCACCUCUCUCUCUCUCUCUACCACUUUGACCUUAAGAGUUCACAGUUGAACGGGUCAUUAAGGUACCAGAACUGCAUUUAUUGCUUCCAUAGCUGUUCGCUAGGCUCAGAGAACAUUUUCGGUUAUGGUCUGGCACAAGAACAUGUCAAUGGAUCUCCAA